AGAGACAUGCAGAUCGGGGUUAGGUUAGACUCUAAAUUGUGAAUUGUUGUUUCUGUAUGAUGGCCAUGUGAUGAGAGGUGACCUGUCCGGCACCUGCCUUAACCCUCAAAGGAUAAAGCGACAGCUUUAAUAUAAUGGAUGCAUGGAUGAUUAUUAACAAAUCAGGGUCAAUAAGGUACACUGCAGCCAUGCAAAUGUCAGGAGAACAAGCCUUUUCCUUAAUAGUGAAUUUGUUUGUAGCUAUUUGUUUAUGGUGAGGAUAUUUCCUGGAUAUGACACGUCGUUUUCUACCACAGAAGCACAAUCUGCUUCCAGCGUCCCAACUAUAAUUUAUAUUCCUCACUGCUGGGCUGAAUAAUAAUAAAGUCACGAAGAAAUAAAGUGGAUUUUUAGGAUUAUCAGUGGUUUGGAUAUAUCACGAUUAGAUCCACCAAUUUAUUCUUCAGGUUAAUCUUCCACCUUGUGUUGUCACACCCACGUUAGUCGUGACCACUGCUUAGGAGAUGAGGUCAGCUUUAAUCACAGCCGAGCUCUCCGGUGUGACAGACACUGAAGGGUGCCCCGUCUUCCCCAGAAACAACAACACUUUGCAUACAGAUUUCCAUAUAUUCCAUCCAUGUGUGUGGGGGGGGUCAUUUAGAUUUGUACAGUCACUUGACUCCCUCAUUUCCAAACAAUCACAACCCCAUCUUCCGACUAGCAGGAUCUUAUCUCUGUCUCCCUUCGUAGAGGACGAGGAGAUGGCGAUAAAAUUGUGCUGCUUUCCCAAGGAUCCGCUGGAGGAUGUUGAGACCUGGAGUGAGUCGGUGGACAAAGUCCUCAGUUGUAAAGCCGGACAGAUAGCUUUGCGGGAGUUCCUGAAGUCGGAGUACAGCGAGGAGAACAUACUGUUUUGGAUCGCCUGUGAGGAGUACAAGAAAAUCAAGACCGUCCCAGAGAUGAUCUCGUCUGCAAACAGGAUCUACUCAGAGUUUGUCCAAACAGAAGCCCCCCGACAGAUCAACAUCGAUUGCAGUACCAGAGAAAACAUAACGAAGAACAUCUCCAAGCCGACCCUGAAUUCCUUCGACACGGCGCAGAAGCUCAUCUACAGCCUGAUGGCCAGGGAUUGUUACCCCCGCUUCCUAAAAUCUGAUCUUUAUCAAGGACUCCUGAGGAGAGCUGAUUCAAGGUGACUGUUUUCACAAAAGAAUAUGACGGCCUGACAGCGAGAAUCAUCUCCGACUCUGAUCUGCUGCGGCGCUCUUUCAUUUCAGUGUGGAUAAUGGGUUUCUGCCAUACAAUCCAGGCCCUAAUGUGUAGCAGAGCUAUCUUUCCCCUUACCUGUGUGAUUCAGUAGACAGUUAAAGCUCAAGAGACUCUGAGGCUUGUAUUAUACUUUAUCUCUUUAAUUAUGUUAAGGUUAAAAAACAAUCUUUAAAGAUGUCGAGCACAUAAUUCUUCUCUGAUUAUCUGUUUUCUCUCCGUGAAGUUAGAAAUGAAAAAGAAUUUCCUUAUUGUAAAGUAUUAUCAACGCUUUAUCUAAUUGAUUAUGCAAAUCUACAUUAUCAUA